AUGUCUGCCGAGUCUAUCCUGCCUGUAGGCGCUAUAAGGCUAUUCGAUCGCGACACAAACGACGACGACAGAAACAGCGCGUGUUGGGCGAAGAGCGUGGAGAUUACCGAUUACAUCAUCGUCAAUGGUAGCAACACAAACAUUGGCGCAUUCGUCGUGUGGAAUGUGCGAGUCGAAACGCUCACUGGAAGUUUUAUGAAUAUUCGAAAGCGCUACUCCGAGUUCGACGACUUCCGACAGAAGUUGACAUUAUCAUUUCCAAACUUCAAGGCGGCUGUGCCGGAACUACCGCCCAAGAGCGCAAUAUUCAAGUUCCGACCCAAGUUUCUAGAGAAGCGCCGAGCUGGAUUGCAAUAUUUCUUAAACUGUAUACUAUUAAACCCGGAGUUUUCGGGGUCACCUGUCCUCAACGACUUUCUGUUUGCCUAA